UCCAGUCUCUUUCCCCGUCGUCUUUGUCUCGCACCACUCUUUUGUUUAGCCAUGCCGAGCCUGCUCGUGCUCGCAGGGAUCAUGGAGAAAAACGGCGGCUACGGCGCCGAUCUGACCGGCACCGGCUUCGGGGGCGAGGCGGGGCUGCUGGGACCCCCGGACGACGACGAGGACGACUCCCGCGCCCUGAGGGUCGCGCUCGGACAGCUGUCGCUCUUAGGGCUCGGCGAGGGCGAGGAAGGCGGCGGUGGAGGAGGAGGCGGCGGCGGCGGAGGGAGUGUUGUUAUCGGCGGAGGAGCUCCGAGCGCCGGAGUCCAAGACCGGAGCAACAACAACAACAACAACCACCACGUCGGCGGCGGCGCGGGGGGAAUCGCAGGCGGGGAAGGCAAGAGCAAGUUGUGCGCCCUUUACGACGCCUCGUCCGGGGAGCCCAAAGGACGCGGGUGCAACAUAACGGAAUGCGUCCCGGUGCCCAGUUCCGAGCAUGUGGCCGAGAUCGUGGGCAGGCAAGGUUGCAAAAUCAAAGCCUUGCGCGCCAAAACCAACACGUACAUCAAAACCCCCGUGCGGGGCGAGGAGCCCGUCUUCCUGAUCACCGGUCGCAAGGAGGACGUCGCCCUGGCCCGCCGCGAGAUCAUCUCUGCGGCCGAGCACUUCUCCAUGCUGCGGGCGUCUCGCAACAAACUGGGCGUGUCCUUCAGCGGCUCCCCGCCCACCCCGCUCCCGGGCCAGACCACCAUCCAAGUGAGGGUCCCUUACCGAGUGGUGGGGCUGGUGGUGGGCCCCAAAGGCUCCACCAUCAAGCGCAUCCAGCAGCAGACCUGCACCUACAUCGUCACCCCCAGCCGGGACCGGGACCCCGUUUUCGAGAUCACCGGCUCGCCGGGGAACGCCGAGCGAGCCCGCGAGGAAAUCGAGGCGCACAUCGCCUUCCGGACGGGGGGACUUCACGACCACAACAACGAGAACGACUGCCUGGGCCCCGACGGCGGGGGCGGCGGUCCGGAGAGCCGUCUCCAGCAAGUGUGGGGUCUCCAGAGGAAACCUCUGGCAAGCAGCUACCGCCAAAACUUCUCCGACGCCCUCGGCGGCGAGGGGAUCUACAACAAAACCGGUUUUUCCAGCUCGGGGGAGAAGCCCUGCUCCUUUUUCCCCUCGGACGGCACCCAAAGUUGGGGCGAGCCGGACUACCCCAAGCAAAUGGCGUUCUACGCCCAGCAGCGAUCCAAGAGCUUCGGGGGGCUCCCCCUGCCUCUGGCUAGACUCUCCCCGGAAGCGCCCGUCGGGGGCCCGGCGUCCCCACGCGCGCAGGCCCGCCGCGCCCACAGCGAGCCGGCCUCGGCGGGGGAGGGCGGCUUCCCCGGGCGGCUCCCCGUUCCCGACUCGCCGCCGGCCGUGCGGGACUGCAUGACCUGCUUCGAGAGCAAAGUGACGGCAGCGCUGGUGCCCUGCGGCCACAACCUCUUCUGCAUGGAGUGCGCCAUCCGGAUCUGUGAGCUCAAGCACCCCGAGUGCCCCGUGUGCCGCACGCAGGUGUCGCAGGCCAUCCGAAUAUUCUCCUAAACUCCGCCCCCUUUUUUUCCCGGCCCUCUCCUUUGUCGCUAAUCGGUUGCUCUUAUUACGCUUCUUUUUCAUUUUUCUGGGAAAAUUUUUUCAAAGGUUCAAGCAGCUAUUUUAGAAGCCACUGCUUGCUUUACUAAAAAAAAAAGUAUAAGAAAUAUUUUUCAGUUUUUCUUUUAUACACAUAUAUAUGCAUAUAUAUUUUAUAAAAGUUUUGUUUAUAAGAGACGUAUAGUACCUUUUUCCAGUUUUACGUUUUUUUCCCCCCACCUUUUUUUACAACGGGACCGACGCCGGCGUUCCCGACGAAAUGUGAACAUUUUUAUUAUGAUUAUUCAAUUUUUUUUGUGUUUUUGUACGAUCAGAUGACCGUAAAGUGGGUUUUUACGGAAGAUGGUUCAACUCACAAACGCACCAUACAAUCAUCUCGGGUCCAAAAAUAGGGUUUGAAUGAUAAUUUAAUGCUUUUAUUAUGCUUUGACAAUAGAAAAUGUGAAUCAAUCACAUGUUUAUACUCUUAUUUUUUAUGUUUUGUGGAAAAGGGGGUGUCAUAUUCCCUGUUUUAUCUACGUACAUUAACCCUUUUAUAGGACAAGUGACUAUUUUUGUCAUAUUUUAGGUCAUGUCAGCCACAAAAUUAGCAUUUGCUAUAAGAGUGUGGCCUACAUGACCCAAAAUGUGAUAUGGAUGUUAUUAUUGUAAUCAUUUUUUCAUGAGUAAAUGCAAUUACCGUAUUUUGCGACAAUAUGGCGCAUGAAAACAUACAGUAGGAUGCGCACGCUAGCAUGCGUGCUAGCAUGUGCACGCAAACUGAGUUUGAAUCCCGCUGCAAUUAAAUGCACUAGCUUGCGCGCUACCAUGCGCUCUAGCGUAUUUAGAGGCAGCAGGAGCAAAACUGAGCUCACAAAUUGGGCACAUCACAUGCGCGCAGUAGCUCAGUUGUAAUCCCGCUAGCUUGCGCACUAGCAUGCGUGCUAGCGUAUUAAAAGACAGCAUGAGCAAAACUUAGUUCGCUUGUACUUUAUGAAAGAAUUUAACAAAGUACUCAAACCAGUCAUUCAAAUCAGACACAUUUUGUGUUUCAGGUCACACAAUAGGCACAUUUUUAGGCGCACCGUCCAUUUUGGAGAGUUUUUUUUUUAAACUUUUAGGUGCGCCUUAUGGUCGUGAAAAUACAGUACAAAAUACGGGGGUGUCCUAUUUCCGGUUUUAUCGAUGUACAUUUAUCUUUUUUUAGGACAAGUGACUAUUUUUGUCCACUUUUAGCUUUUGUAGGCCACAAAUUUAACAUUUAAACUGAAUAAAUACAAUUACGUUUUUUUCGCGACCAUAGGGCGCACUGUAUUUAUUUGUUAAUUUAACACACACACAAGGCGUACCACAAUAUUGGGCGCAUGAAAAAUAUACGCUACCAUUUUUUUUUUUAAAAAGGCAGCGGGAGCAAAACUGAGUUUACUUGUACUUUAUUAAAGAUAUUAACAAAGUACUCACAUCAAUCCUAAUCCAUCUUUCACACAAUAUGCGCACCAUCCAUUUUGAAGAAAAUUUUUGAGUUUUAGAUGCUCCUUAUGGUCGUGAAAAUACGGUACAAAUGAAUAAAAUAUUCAUUUAAAUGAAAUUAAUAGUAUUAAAAUCCAAUUUAACUCACUGGCUGCCAGUGGACAAAGGAUUGGCCGUCUAGCGCCGUCAAUGGCAGGUAAUGAGUAUCCUAUUAAGGGUUAAAGUACUACUUUAAUUUAAUUCACCCCCCCCCCCUUUUUUUUUUUUUUAAAAUUAAUAUUUUUUGUUAAAGCAGUGGCUCUCAAAGCAUGGUCCGAGUAUUACCAAUGGUACUCUGGCUCCCUCUAGUGGCACACAAAAGCUCGCCUAAAUUAUUCUACAAAGUACAGUUUGGUUGUAUUCAACUUCAACUGCAAAAAAAAAAAAAAAAUAAGUUGAAGAAAAAUAUUUAGGAACAACUUUAAAACAUUUCAAGCAAACCUUAAAGGGACAGACAUCAGCGAGCAUAAAUGAAAGAAUUUAAGAAUCCAAAAAGUACAAAAAAAAACAAUCAGAGAAAAUUAGAAAAAAAAAAAAAAACACUAACACGCUCGAUGUCAAGUGGCAGCUAAUGAGCUGACGUUAGCAUUUGCACUCUUGAGUAUUCCUAGUAAAAUGUUUCAGAACCACUAUUUUACAUGCUAAUAACUUGCUAGCAUUAGCAGUGGUAAUUGGCGCGGCAAGUAUUCUUAGUAAAAUGUUUGCUAAUAAACUACUAGCAUUAGCAGAGGUACUUGGCGCACCAAGUAUUCUUAGUAAAAGGUUUUAGAACCACUAUUUUACAUCCUAAUAAGUUGCUAACAUUCGCAGUAGUACUCGGCGCACCAAGUAUUUUUCGUAAAAUGUUUUAGAAUCACUGUUUUACAUGCUAAUAAGCUGCUAGCAUUAGAAGUGGUACUUGGAGCGUCAAGUAUGCUUAGUAAAAUGUUUACUAAUUAAGCUGCUAGCAUUAGCAGUGGUACUCGGGGCACGAAGUAUUCUUAGUAAAAUGUUUGAGAACCACAUUUUACAUGGUAAAAAGUUGCUAGCAUUGACAGUGUUAAUUGGAGCGCCAAGUUUUUUGAGUAAAUGUUUGAGAAUCACUGUUUUACAUGCUAAAACGCUGCUAGCGUUAGCGGCGGUACUUGGAGCACCAUGUAUUCUUAGUAAAAUGUUUCAGAACCACGGUUUUACAUGCUAACAAGUUGCUAGCAUUAACUGUGGUAAUUGGAGCACCAAGUAUUCUGAGUAAAAUGUUUGAGAAUCACUGUUUUACAUGCUAAAACGCAGCUAGCGUUAGCGGCGGUACUCGGCGAACCAAGUAUUCUUAGUAAAAUGUUUGAGUACCACUAUUUUACACGCUAAAAGUUGCUAGCAUUAGCAGUGGUAAAUGGAGCACCAAGAGUUCUUAGUAAAAUGUUUGAGAAUCACUUUUACAUGCUAGUAAGCUGCUAGCGUUAGCGGCGUUACUCGGCGCACCAAGUAUUCUCAGUAAAAUGUUUCAGAACCACAGUUUUACAUGCUAACAAGUUGCUAGCAUUAACAGUGGUAAUUGGAGCGCCAAGUAUUUUGAGUAAAACGUGUCAGAACCACUAUUUUACAUGAUAAUAAAUUGCUAGCAUUAGCAGUGGUAAUUGGAGCGCCAAGUUUUUUUAGUAAAAUGUUUGAGAAUCACUGUUUUACAUGCUAGUAAGCUGCUAAUGUUAGCGGUGGUACUCAGAGCGUUGAGUAAUUUCUAUUAAAUGUUUGAGAACCACUCCUUUACAUGCUAAUAACUUGCUAGCGUUAAGGGUGUUACUCAGAGCGCCAAGUAUUCUUAGUAAAAUGUUUGAGAACCACUGUUUUACACACAAAUUAGACAUUUUGGCGCAUCUGGUCGGAGCAGGUGUGAGGCUAGCUUGUCCGCGACCCCCUUUUGUCCCCUUCAUACAGUAUGAUGGUUGUUCCCCCUCUUUUUUUUUCGUGUCUGGGGGCUUGGCGGGCUACGCUUUUGAUAAUUAGGCAAAUAGGUCGGUCCAGGUGCGGACCGGAGGGGAGUUCACCCCCACUUUUUCCCCCCUCGACUCUCCUUUUGUAAACCAUUGAUGAAAACCAUGUGGCUUUGGUUUGAAAAAAGGCCUGAUCACAUGAUGUGUGCCCGCUUAGCCCCUCCCCCUUUAUCUCCCACCGACACACCAACUGUGAAAUUCAAACAGGGUUUACGUGACAGAUCCAAAUAGGCCUUUCUGGCUACUACUUAAAGCACCAUCCGGCAGCUGCCCGCCCCGACCAAUGGGAGGCUCCGCCCCCAGUCAGCCCGCCCCCGCUACUCCAAUGAAAUCAGACAAUAAUGGAAGAGGAACGUGAAGGAAACGCAACAUUUGCGCUGAAUCAAAUUACGCGUGGGAGGGCGUAGAAAGGGCGGGGCAUGGGUUAAAGAGGGUGGGGCUUAAGAUGCUGAAUAGGGAUGGCUUGGGGGGAUGGGAGAUUACAGUAAAAGUAUGGUGACUUGAUGUUGACGUAUUAAUGAAAUAACUAAUUCGCUGCCAUUGACAAUAAACGGCAAAUGUUUCAGUGCCAUUGACGUCAAUAGACGUCCAAUCAAAGGGCGAAUGAACCAGUUCUAAAAGAGGAUUGGAUGUCUAUCGCCGUCAAUGACAGCAAGUGAGGAUUUAUGAAAUAUGAUUACUUAUGUGUUAAGUGUUUAAGGUUAUGCUAAUAUGCUAAUGUUAUGUGUGAUUAAUGUAAAAACAGCUAAUUUUUAACGCAACUCUGGUUCGUCCGUGAUCGUCAAUGGCAGCUAAUGAGUUCAAACAACGUUUCGGAAAACACAUACAUGAAUCACAUCGACUCCAAAUGGUGAUACGGGAUGUUUGUGUUAAUACACGACGCGAUAAUUUACUCUUUUAAAAAAGUGUCGGGUGUUGAUAACUCAUGUGGAUGUGUCGAUACGGAUAAUGACGCCAUGUUUGACGUUAUUUAGAGACGAUAUUGGGAUCAGGAUAUCGAUUCUCGAAAGAUAAUGUUUGUAAAUCGAUACCAAGAUGCUAGGAUAUUAGCGGUUUGGCAUUAGCGGGUUCAUUUUUUGGGCGGGCGGACUUAUCCCGUCACCCUAACGAGCCCCAAAGUAUAUCACUUUUUCGUGUCGGGAAAUGAACAAUGGAAAUGAAGGUGAACUAAGUUAUAUCAACAUGAAUAGCGAUGAAUAUUGUGAUCAAUAAGCCAGUAUCCCACCUUUACUCGAAAGACCCUCAAACACAAAGCUAGAGCAUGCGAAACUUACAAAAUAGAAGUACCUUAGGUUUUAUGAGAGAGGACUAAAGAGUAUCAUUUUAUGGAGAAAUUGCACAGCACAGUUAAAACGAAUCUUAGUAUUUUUCUUUUAUGCCUUAAUGUUCUUUUAUACUAGAUUUUUUUUUAAUUCCGAUAUUGCCAUUUAGGCUGCCGUGUCAGCCUUCCGUUGCACCACCCCUUGAAACCUUUCAAAGUAAGAGAAUGUGAAUCACGCUUGGCUGAGGAGGGGAUUCGGGAAAAACAGUCAUUGGAAUGAGGUUUGGGUCAGGAAUGAUAGAAGCAUAUUGCUGCCACGCCGGGGAAAACAAUGCAAUGUCACAAAGUUACAUGAUCAUCUAGCUGGGUGAAACCUGUCACGCUACUACGUAAAACCAGUCUUUUUACGACCUAAAAGCCGUUACGUUGUGAUGCGAGGCUUGACAUAUAACGUGAAACUUGUGACAGCGUACAGCAAAACUAGUCGCGUUAUAAUGCGAAACGUCUCACGUUACGAUGGCUUGUCACAUUAGCACAUGAAAUUUGUCAUAUUUUGAUGUGAGACUUACACACACACAUUACAAUAUGACUCGUACUUGCGUGAAACUAUUCAAGUUGCAACACAAAACUAUUUUAACUACAUUUUUACGUGAAAUUUGUCACGUCACGACAGAAAACUUAUAUAUCACAUCAUAACAUGGAACUUGUACCGUACUAGCGCGAAACUUGUCACAUUAUCACUCGAGACUUGGUUAUAACGCUGAAUUUGCUACAUAAUGACGCAAACACUUUAUGAUGCGAAACUUGUCACAUACUUCCACAGAAACUUGGCACAUAUUAACACAGAAUUUGCCGCAAAAUAAGGCGAACACUUUGUGAUGCGAAACUUGACACGCUAUAACUUGUCGCGUUAUAACACAAACUUGUCGCGUUUUAACGUAGAAUUUCCUGCAUAAUAAUGCGAACUCUAUGACGCAAAACUUUUCACGUACUAACGCGAAACUUAUCAUGUACUAAUGCGAAACUUGUCACGUUAUAAUGCGAAACUUGCCACAUUAUAAUGCGAAACUUGCCACGUUAUAACGCGAAACUGGGCACGUACCAACACGAAACCUGUCAUGUACUAACACCGAACUUGCCACGUUAUAACCCAAAACUUGCCACGUUCUAACCCGAAACUUCACACACGUUCACACACAAAAUUUGUCACGUUAUAACGCAAAAACUGUCACGUACUAACGCGAAACCUGUCACAUAAUAACGCGAAACUUGUCACGUUAUAACGCGAAACCUGUCAUGUUAUAAUGCGAAACUUGCCAUGUUAUAACCCGAUACUUGCCACGUUAAAACUCAAAAUUGGUCACCUACUUCCACAUAAUUUGCCGUGUCAUAAUGCGAACAUUUUAUAGCGCGAAACUUCACACGCUACAAUGUAAAACUUGUCACGUACUAACGCAGAAUUUAUCACGUAAUGCGAAACUUGUCACGUAUUAACACAGAAUUUGCUGCAUAAUGAUGCGAACACUUUGACGCAACAUUUGUCACGUAAUAACGCGACACUUGCCACGUUAUCACGCAAAACUUGCCACGUUAUAACCCAAAAUUUGACACGUUAUAAUGCCAAACCGGUCACGUUAUGGUGCGACACUUGUCACAUUAUAGGGCGGAACUUGGCAUGUAUUAACACAGAAUUUGCUGCAUAAUGAUGCAUACACUUUAUGACUCGGCACUUGUCCCGUACUGGCGCGACACUUGUCACAUCAUAAUCACGUUGUAACGCGAAACCUGUCACGUUAUAACACGAAACUUGUUACAUAGUUCCACAGAAUUUGCCGCGUAAUAAUGCGAACACUAUGACACGAAACUUCACACGUUAUAAUGUGAAACUUGUCACAUACUAAAGCAGAAUUUAUCACAUAAUGCGAAACUUGUUACGUAUUAACACAGAAUUUGCUGCAUGAUGCGAACACUUUAUGACGCGACAUUUGUAACGUACUUACUCAACACUUGCCACUUUAUCACACGAAAACUGUCACAUAAUAACACGAAACCUGUCAUGUUAUAAUGCGAAACUUGCCACGUUAUAACCCGAAACUUGCCACGUUAUAGCCCGAAUCUUGCCAUGUUAAAACUCAAAACUCGUCACGUACUUCCACAUAAUUUGCCGUGUAAUAAUGCAAACACUUUAUGACAUGAAACUUAACACGUUAUAUUGUGAAACUUGUCACGUCCUAAUACGAAAUGUGUCACAUUAUGCGAAACCUGUCACGUACUAACGUGGAAUUAGCUGUGUAAUAACACGAAACUUUGUCACACUAUAAUGCGAAACUUGUUACAUAGUUCCACUGUAUUUGCCGCGUGAUAAUGCGAACACUAUGACGCGAAACUUCACACGUUAAAAUUUGAAACUUGUCACGUACUAAAGCAGAAUUUAUCACAUAAUGUGAAACCUGUUACGUAUUAACACAGAAUUUGCUGCAUGAUGCGAACACUUUAUGACGCAACACUUGUAACGUACUAACUCAACACUUGCCACUUUAUCACACGAAAACUGUCACAUAAUAACGCGACACUUGCCACUUUAUCACGUGAAACCUGUCACAUUAUAACGUGAAACUCACCACGUUAUAACGCAAAACCUGCCAUGUUAUAACCCGAAACUUGCCACGUUAUAACCCGAAACUUGCCACGUUCUAACCCGAAACUUUACACACGUUCACACACAAAAUUUGUCAAGUUAUAACGCAAAAACUGUCACGUACCAACGUGAAACCUGUCACGUAAUAACGCGAAACUUGUCACGUUAUAACGCGAUACUUGCCACCUUAAAACUCAAAAUUUGUCACGUACUUCCACAUAAUUUGCCGUGUCAUAAUGCGAACAUUUUAUAACGUGAAACUUCACACGUUACAAUGUAAAACUUGUCACGUACUAACGCAGAAUUUAUCACGUAAUGCGAAACUUGUCACGUAUUAACACAGAAUUUGCUGCAUAAUGAUGCGAACACUUUGACGCAACAUUUGUCACGUAAUAACGCGACACUUGCCAUGUUAUCACGCGAAACUUGCCACGUUAUAACCCCAAAUUUGUCACGUUAUAAUGCCAAACCGGUCACGUUAUGGUGCGACACUUGUCACAUUAUUGGGCGGAACUUGGCAUGUAUUAACACAGAAUUUGCUGCAUAAUGAUGCGUACACUUCAUGACUUGACACUUGUAACGUACUGGCGCGACACUUGUCACAUCAUAAUCACGUUAUAACGCGAAACCUGUCACGUUGUAACGCGAAACUUGUUACAUAGUUCCACAGAAUUUGCCGCAUAAUAAUACGAACACUAUGACGCGAAACUUCACACGUUAUAAUGUGAAACUUGUCACAUACUAAAGCAGAAUUUAUCACAUAAUGCAAAACUUGUCACGUAUUAACACAAAAUUUGCGGCAUAAUGUUGCGGCCACUUUAUGACGCGACACUUGUCAUGUACUAACGCGACACUUGCCACUUUAUCACGUGAAACCUGUCACGUUAUAACGCGAAAUUUGCCACGUUCUAACCCGAAACUUGCCACCUUAAAACACAAAAUUUGUCACGUUAUAACACAAAAUCUUUCAUGUACUAACGUGAAACUUGGUACAUAAUAACGCUAAACUUGGCAUGUAUUAAUACAGAAUUUGCUGCAUAAUGAGGCGAACACUUUAUGAUUCGACACUUGUCACGUACGAAUGCGACACUUAUCACGCGAUAAUCACGUUAUAACGCGUAACCUGUCAUAUUAUAAUGCAAAACCCGUCACAUACUUCCACAGAAUUUGACGCGUAAUAAUGCGAACACUUCAUGACGCGAAACUUCAGACGUUAGAAUGUGAAACUUGUCACGUACUAACGCAGAAUUUAUCACAUAAUGCGAAACAUGUCACGUAUUAACACAGAAUUUGCUGCAUAAUGUUGCGACCACUUUAUGACGCGACACUUGUCAUGUACUAACACAACACUUGCCACUUUAUCACGUGAAACCUGUCACAUUAUAACGUGAAACUCACCACGUUAUAACGCAAAACCUGCCACGUUAUAACCCGAAACUUGCCACUUUAUCACGUGAAACCUGCCACGUUAUAACCCGAAACUUGCCACGUUAACACACAAAAUUUGUCACGUAAUAACGCAAAACUUUUCACGUAAUAACGCGAAACCUGUCAUGUUAUAAUGCGAAACUUUUCACGUUAAAACUCAAAACUUGUCACGUACUUCCACAUAAUUUGCCGCGUAAUAAUGCAAACACUUUAUGACGUGAAACUUAACAUGUUAUAUUGUGAAACUUGUCACGUCCUAACACGAAAUGUGUCACAUUAUGCGAAACCUGUCACGUACUAACGUGGAAUUAGCUGUGUAAUAACACGAAACUUCGUCACUCUAUAAUGCGAAAUUUGUGAAACAUUUCAACUCUACGACCAAACUUUUUUGUCAGGUGUGGCAGCAAUACGUUUCUUAACAGACAGUCACAUAUUGGCAAUGAAAUUUUUCGAAAUUGAGCCAAUACAGAGACAUUUGAUCAUUUCCCCGUUUUGACAUUCCGGCAUACUACCAGCCAACUUACAAACUGACCCGACCGCUGUCCGGAGAAGCGAACAUAAAGAAAUAAAUACGAAGAGUAAAAGCACCUUAUUUCCUAAGAAAAAAAGCGCAUUUGAUGAAUACCAAACCGACCACUGAUGGUGAAGUAUCCGCUAGAAUUUGAGUGACAUGCACAUAAGGAUUCCCUAUCAUUUGUGGUUUACGUAGAAUUUUCUUGUUGCUAUGGCGACGAGAGAGGGCUGCCUCUUUAUAUACGUGAGGACUUUGUAAAUAAACCCCACAUUUAUUUGCGCAUCCGACAUCUCGCUUUUGGAUUACUACGCCAAGAAAAAGAGAAAAUCUUUUAUUAUGAUGAUAAUAAUACGCGACCCAUCACUUUUUUGACUCGUAUAGUAUAUGAGAUAGAUCCAUAGGUUUAACAAAUAUUAUUUAAACUUAGUAUAUAAAUAAUCAGACGCUACUAUGAUAUCCUUUAUGAAGCCUCUACUGUAUAAAACCGGCAAAAUUUCCGAUGAAUUGUAUGUGUCAUAAUAAUAAGAAUAAUAACCCCUGGAUUUCUAUGUACGUACUUUAAGAUGAAGCAAUAAACAGUGAUAUUCUAUACAGACUACUUAGCAUAUUAGCAUUUAGUAGCUGGUCGCAGCUCGGAUUCGUAGAAAUAAGAAAAAAUAGCCUUCCAGGAUAACUGCUGUGCUCUUCAGGGUCUUUUUUUUGCGUGAUAUGUUGAAUAUAAAGCACUCGUUUCAGGAUUUCUGAGCGGCACUGAGAGGAUUAAGGCGGGCGCUAAUGUGGCUAACAGGCGGUUUAGCUUCCAGACUUGUAUUACGGUCACAUAUAGCCAAAGACCAACUUAGUAGUGUUCUAAACGCGAUAUCGUACGUUAGAAAAGCGAAUCGGUGAGUUUGAGAUGCCGCGCAUUCGGAAAAUAUCGGUUAUGUCUUGGAAUCGAAGAAGGUUUAGCUAAGGGGUCUGCAACCUUGGGUGCUCAAGAGCCGUUUUGACAAAAGGGGGUACAAAAGCCUUUUUUUGGAUUCAUCUAUAGUAGGGCCGCAGGUAUCGAUUAUUUUAGUAGUCGAUUAAUCGAUGAACUUGUUACCCUAGUUCGAAUAAUCGAGUAAUCGGAUAAGGAACAUUAAAAAUUAAAAUUCCUGAACUGAGCCUCAAACUGUAUAAAAAAAUAAAUGAUAUAAGUACAACAAAAGAACAAUAGGCUAACUUGCGUAGCAAAAGUCCGCUAGCUUAAAUGCUAUAAAAUGCUAACGUUUUUUUUUUUUUUUUUUUUUACAAUGCUCUUGACAAAUGGUUCAAACACAUACAGUAUUCCCACAAAAAUGGCUAAAUAUACCUAGAAAUUAAAUUACGAAUGCGUUAAAAAAAACAUUAGCUCAAAGAAAAACUUGAUGAUCUAAGUACAACAAAAGAAAAUUGGCUAACUUACUAAAUAAGCAAAAGUCCGUCAGCUUAAAUGCUAUAAAAUGCUAACAUUGAUUUACAGUGCUCUUAAGAAAUCGUUCAAACAUAUUUUCACAAAAAAAAAAAAAAAAAAAACAGCUAAAUAUACCUACAAACUAAAUUACAAAUUCAUUAAAAAAAAAAAAAAACAUUAGCUCAAACAAAAAUGUACCUUAUGUUAGUCUUAACAUGGAGUAUCUGGAUUCAGCCAUGUUGAAUGUGUUAUGUCGUAUUCACUGUUGCCAAUCGAGGGCAGUGUAUCCACCUAAAUUGAUACAACUAAAUGCAUACAUUUUCAAAACAAACCAUUACAACGGCACUAAUUAAACGAAUCUUCGAAGCGGAAAAAUUUGAUUAGAAGCUUUUUUAUAAUCGAAUUACUAGAGUUAAUCGAUAAAUUGUUGCAGCAUUACGGAAGUAUGAUUGGAUGCAACACGAUCGAUAGUUUCCUGAUUGAUUUUUUGUAAAUUCGCCAAUGCAAUAAUCCAAUCUGCUAAAAAUGAACACACGGAUAAAUUUGGCUGCUCUUUUUUCAGGUUUUCAACAACGAAAUCGGCGACUUCCAAAAAGCCAGAUGCGGCACAGGUUGCAGACCCCGGAUUUAAUUCAAAAAGUUAUACGACCUCAGACUGAACGUGGCUUUUUUUUCCCAAAAGUACUUGCGGUGGCGUAGUUUGACGAACCGUUACGCUAAAAUUGUUUUUUUUUUUUUUUUUAAUUUGCGCCUUAAGUUUGAUUUGCGCAACCCGAGCCGGCAUUAAACACGGUGGUACCUCGAGAUAGGAAAGUUCUGAUACACGAAAAAUACAUUUCCCAAAAAUUCUUUUUGCUUCAUAUUAGCCUAGCUUGAAGAACAUCUUUAACACUGGAGGGAUGUUACAGGAUGUGUCACAUGAGUGACACAACUCUUCAAUUCUCUUAUAGGUCAAUCUGAGGUCCACCAGCCCCCUUAUUUGGAUUAAAAACGGUGUCAAUGGUUUAUGCCAAGAUUACACAGCACAUAUUGUAGCAUUUACAAGGACAACGCCAAUUAAGGCUUUUACAAUAGUUUAUUUUGCAACUGGAAACACGGCGCACGACAACUGUAAGCCGUAACUGACAUCAACAAAACCAAAACAACACGAAAACAGUUUAGCUCACCAUGCUAAAGCUAAUGCUAACACUACAAGUUCCAUUUAGUGUGUGAUGAUCACUCAGUACAGACCUUUAAAAGCAGAAGCAACAUUGCAUACAUCAACUGUUAACCUCAGAAUGACCUAUAAAAGAUGAAAAUAUCUGAAAAACGAUAGCAGCACAAACAAGCACAAACGAUUGACAUCAUUUUUAUAUAAAUUUGCGUCUCAUAGGGGCCCAACUUCAUGAAGGUUUGACGAAAACAAAUGAAAUAGCAAGCAACGGCUUGGCUCUUUUCGCACUGGGUUUGCUAUGAGUUCCAGUAGUAAUGUGAUAACAUCUGUAGAAUGUGAAGAACAAAGUAGUUACACUUGAGCACCACUUGUGGGAAACAAAGCCAUAGACUUCAUAAUGUAUUAAUGGCUCAGAUCGGUCAUGAACUGCGCCUAGCAUUUAAGUAGGGGGCCGCCCACAGCCGGAUGUAGGUUGAAAAAGUAUGAAAGCUGUACUGCAUACAAACAGGAAGGAUUGUCUCAGGAGUGACUUGUUUGAAUUAUAUUUUUCGUACCAUGAAUGCAUUUUGAAACGUGAAAAAAUAUCAACAGGAGAAAUUAGCCGCUACUCUACUGGAAUCAUAGUUCGCAACAUUUACGUAAAAUAAAUGCUAACCGCACGUUUUUUUGGGGUUUUUUUGCUUUUACCCAAAAAUCUAGACUGUUUUAUGUCCAUCUCGAAAAGAAUUUGGGGAUUUAAGCAUUUAUUCACAAGAAUUUUCACCGGAAAAGCUGUUUACAUCAGGCGGCCGCUAGCUACAUUCACUAACAAACUAGCAUUAUACUUCGACAUAUUUAUGUAAAAUAACCGCUAACUGCACGUUUUUUUGCUUUAAACCAUGAAUCGAGACUGUUUUACGUCCAUACCUAUAAAGAAUUCGGGGAUUUAAGCAUUUAUUCAAAAAAAUUUUUACCGGAAAAGCUCUGUUUACAUCAGGCGGCCGCUAGCUACUGUACAUUCACUAACAGACUAGCAUUGUACUUCGACAUAUUUACGGAAAAUAAACCCUAACUGCACGUUUUUGCUUUUAACCAAGAAUCGAGAUGUUUUAUGUCCAUAUUUAUUAAAAAAAUUGGGGAUUUAAGCAUUUAUUCCCAAGAAUUUUCACCAGAAAAGCUUUGUUUACAUCAGGCGGCCGCUAGCUACUCUACAUUCACAAACAGACUGGCAUUGUACUUCGACAUAUUUACGGAAAAUAAACCCUAACUGCAUGUUUUUGCUUUUAACCAAGAAUCGAGACUGUUUUAUGUCCAUAUUUAUAAAGAAUUCGGGGAUUUAAGCAUUUAUUCACAAGAAUUUUCACCAGAAAAGCUCUGUUUACAUCAGGCAGCCGCUAGCUACUGUACAUUCUCUAACAGACUAGCAUUGUACUUCGACAUAUUUACGUAACAUAAACGCCAGCUGAUGUUUUUUUUUAUUUUAUUUUAUUUUUAACCAAGAAUCGAGACUAUAGAUAUGGACGGAAAACAAAGAAUUCGGGGAUAUAAGCAUUUAUUCACACGAGUUUUCACCGGAAAAGCUCUGUUUACAUCAGGCGGCUCCUAGCUACUGUACAUUCGCUAACAGACUAGCAUUGUACUUCGACAUAUUUACAGAAAAUAAACGCAAACUGCAGUUUUUUUUUUUUUUUUGCUUUUAACCAAGGAUCGAGAAUGUUUUACGUCCACAUCAAUAAAGAAUUCGGGAAUUUAAGCAUUUAUUCACAAGAAUUUUCAACGAAAAAAAGCUCUUUGUCUGUGAUUCAACUCGGUCAGCUUUGCAGGCCCCCUAUGUAUCGGCCCUGUGUCCCGUCAAUGCAUUAUGAAGUCUAUAUACAAACAAAUGGCAGCCCUUCAGGUCCAUUUAGAAGGUGCGGUUGCGUGAUGUCAUCACUCAAAAUUAAUAUAUCAUCUCAAAAACGAUAGCAGCACAAACAAACACAAACGUAGCACAAACGAUUGACAUCAUUUUUAUACAAAUCUGCGUCCGAUGGGGGGCCAACUUCACCGAAAUUUGACGAAAACAAUGAGAUGAAAGAGCAGGCAAUAGCUUAGCUCUUUUAGCACUCUGCGUUUGCUAUGAGCGCCGGUAGUCAUGUGAUAACAUCUGUAAAAUGUGCCUAACAAAGUAAUUCCACUUGAGCGCCACUUGUGGGCGACAAAGCACUGCAAAUAAAGACAGGACAUGACAGUUUUUAGUAUCGCUUGGAACAAUUCAGGCAAUUUACAUAAAAAAUGCGAUUCCUUAUACGUAAAAAUGAUACGAAAGACACUCCGAAAGGAAUUAAUUUCGCAUCUCGAGGUACCACUUUAGUUCCGGCGACCGGAAAGGGGGCGACGUAGACGAUUCGCGAGGAGGCGUCGAUUUCUUCUUAGUAUUACUUUUUACGAAACUGUAUUCCGAUUUUUCCGUUUUAGUCCAAAUAGAAAUCGUUGACGUUUUUCCUUGCUAUGAAAACAAACUUUUAUGCAUUAAUGUAGAAUCCCUUCGAAGGAGUGAUAGGAAAUCCUUAUUCUCGAUGGAUGCACUUAAGCAAUUGUAAGCGAUUUUUUUUUUUUUUUUGACGAAAACGGAGCGCGUCACGCAUUUGAAUGUACGAAGAAAAAACGCUCAACCCGAUGCACUCCUGACUUUUUUCGAACGACAAGCUUUAAGUUUUCAGUUUAAGACUUUGAUAUAUUUCCGUUCUUCCGCAUACGUUUGUAGAAAGUCGAAAAAAAAAAAAUGAAAAAAAAAAAACACGACAGUUUUCUCAAGAUCUAUUUUGCUAACAUCGGUUUUUAUUUCCUAGACCGCGACGUCAGUAGGGUGAUGUUAUUUAAGAAAACGAAACCUAUUUAAAAGACAUUUUGUUUUUUAAUUCAAAUGACAAGAAGCUAAUAUAUUUCUAAACGAGGUGGGGGGGUAGUCAGUUUCUACGUAAAAGUUAGAAAAAAAAAAAAAGUUUUAUUUAUGACAGUUAGCGCCGCCGCCGCGACAGAACAGACUAUUUUUUCAAAAUUGGGAGAUAUUUUAGUCACAGAGCAUCGAUCUUGUGCCUCCGUAAAAUUAUUAUUAUUAUUCACGUCCUGCAUUAGUAAAUCCCCCUCGCCGCUCCCCCCGUACACACAUAUGCCUUCAACUGUACUGACUUACGGACAUUUUCUGUGAAAAUCCCAAAUCGAGGGUUUUUGGGACAUCUACUACUCCAUUUUUGUUUUCUCAGCAGCUGGACGAACUUUUGGUUUUACAUAUGUACUGUAACUAGAUAGCACACAACACAACAGGUUCAUUACUGUACUAGUUUGCAUGGAUGUCGUGUGGUCACUUAGGGUAGAAUUUCGGGAGCGGAGGUCAAAAAGAGGGCGAGUUUGGAUGCCGUGGGUCCCCGUUAUCGAUAAGCUCUAAUGUAAAGUAUAUGGUCAAAAAUUACAACCACACGUUUUUCUGCCAAUGAAAACGAAUAUAAAACUUGGACGUGCCUAGCCGUCAAUGGCAGAGCCUUACUUGGGUGCCUGGACUUGUAUGGCCUGCAAAACAGCCAUACACCCCCCCCCCCCCCAAACCAAAAUGCAUUUUGCCACAUACCAAAAAACAAUGCCACAUGGCGAAAAAAAUUUUCGUCAGAUGGCAAAAAAAUGCCAGAUGGCAAAAAGAUUGUGACACAUGGCAAAAAAAAAUUUCCACUUGGCAAAAAAAAAUUUGCCACAUGGCAAAAAAAUUUUGGCCACAUGGCAAAAAAAAAUUGCCAUAUGGCAAAAAAAAUGCCACAUGGCAAAAAAAAUGCCACAUGGCAAAAACAUUUUGCCACAGGGGAAAACAUUUUUUGACACAUGGCAAAAAAAAAAAUUGACACAUGGCAAAACUUUUUGACACAUGGCAAAAUUUUUUGACACAUGGCAAAAAAAAAUUGCCACAUGGAGAAAAAAAAUUUGCCACAUGGGGAAUAAUUUUUUGCCACAUGGCAAAAUUUUUUUGCCACAUGGCAAAAAAUUUUGUCACAUGGCAAAAAAAGUUUCGCUAGAUGUUAAAAAUGUUUUGCCUCAUGGCAAAAAAAUGCCACAUGGCAAAAAGAUUGUGACACAUGGCAAAAAAAAAAUUUCCACAUGGCAAAAAAAUUUUGGCCACAUGGCAAAAAAAUGCCACAUGGCAAAAAAAAAAUGCCACAUGGCAAAAAAAAUGCUACAUGGCAAAAACAUUUUGCCACAGGGGAAAAAAUUUUUGACACAUGGCAAAAAAAAAUUUGACACAUGGCAAAAUUUUUUGACACAUGGCAAAAAAAAAAUUGCCACAUGGCAAAAACAUUUUGCCACAUGGAGAAAAAAAAAUUGCCACAUGGGGAAUAAUUUUUUGCCACAUGGCAAAUUUUUUUUUGCCACAUGGCAAAAAAUUUGUCACAUGGCAAAAAAAGUUUCGCUACAUGUUAAAAAUGUUUUGCCUCUUGGCAAAAAAAAAUGCCACAUGGCAAAAAAAUGCCACAUGGCAAAAAAAAAAUGCCACAUGGCAAAAUUUUUUUUGCCAAAUGGCAAAAACCACUUUAGGUUUUCGGCCCUGCUGCCGUUUUGAUGGGAAAGUGUUGGAACAGUGAGGCACCAAUCAUCGAAAUAAACAGGGUUGUCCCGAUCGCAUAUUCAGGGUUCUUUUUUUGUCCUCUGCACUUGGGCAUUAGCAAUAUUUUGAGGAAUUUAGGGGUGUCUUUUUUGGUUGGUGACUACAAAAACUGUCGAAAAGUAGAGAAAACGUCAAAAACAUUUUGAAGCUUUUUUGUUCUUUGGCAAAUAGCAAAUUCGCUGGUUUAACCAAAAACAGUAGAACUAUUUUAGAAAGAUUUUUUGUAGCUUUUUUGUCCUCUUUAUGGGAGCGGGGCGUUUUUCCCCACCAAAAACUAGAAAAUAAAAACAACAGAAAAGUGGCUUUUUUGGUCUUUGGUAACCAGCCCUGAGUUGAUUUAAUAAAAAACACUAGAAGAGAAAGCCUGCUCUUUUUUUGGUGGUGUUUUAUCUUUUUGGGUGAUUAAUAUGGGGCAUCAGGGCUGUCAACAGACUUGCAGGGGCCCGGGGACAAGAGACGACUAUAGGGCCCCCCACCCCUGCCACCGGCUUGUCACGACAACAUACGCAGUACUUUUAACGCUUUGGAAGCAAUGACAGUGUAAAUUUUCAAAUGAUUUAAUUUGAGAUGGACAGUUAAAUUUAAUAGCCCUUAAUACGAUGUGACACAAAAUAAACAAUUUCCAUCCAUUGUGUCAUGUAGGCUACAGUACAAUACAACUGAGAGUGAUAUGCCUGCCUGCUAAGCAACUAAACAUCCUGUGCCUGCCCCCUCCACAUCCCUGGGGUUAUCAAGCCCUCGAACAGUGAUGCACCUAGAUUUUUUUGACGGCAAAGUCAUUUAUAACAUCAGUGGAAUCCAGUUUUUGAGCAAGCUCACGCUCAAUGGAGAGCAUGGCUAGUUUUUUUUUUUUUUUCUUUUCUGCGCACACGAUUUAUGACGACUCGCCAUGUUUAAAGUUUAUAACUGACAGAUUUGAAUUUCCAGCUUCAGGGCAUGUGCGUAGUGUAGCAUAGAGCGGGGUCAAACCAUUCUCUGCUAAGACAGAAGGGGUGGGGUUGUGAAAAAAAAGGAAAAAAAUAUUGUUGAAAUAUUUAAUAUGUUAAAGUUUUUAAUAUUUAACCAAUGAUUUCAAUAAGAAAAGAAAGUAAAUGUAAAGUAAAAUAUAUUAAGGGUCAUUCAGGGGCCCCUAUGGUCCCCCCCAUAAGUCUUGCUGUUUGGUUGUUUUAUCUUUUUGAAGGUGGGAGUUUUUUUUAUUUUUUUUAAUUGGUAGCAUUGGCUUUUUUUUUUUUUUUGUAAUUCAGAGGUGCUGGUUUUCCGGGAUUUUUUUUUUUUUUUUGUGGGGGAGCACAUGGUUUAACCAAAAUAUGUAGAAAAGUAGGCAAAAGGUCCUUUUUCGGUGCUUUCUCUUUUGAGGCAUAUUUUUGUUUUUUGGCAAAUAGCACUUUGGGUUGUUUUUUUUUCUUUUGGGGUGUGUUUUGGAGUUAUUUUGUUGUUCUUUUAAUCAAUCAAUUUCAGUUUAUUCACACGUCAUUUAAAGUAUACAUUUCAUAUAAAAACAGUUCAUAUAAUUAAAUGUGCAAAAUAGGACGCUCCAAAAAAGGCAUUUCAAGCUUUUAGUAUAUUUGGGGGUGUUUUUUUGAGGGGGAGGGUUUAUGGUUGGUGACCACAAAAACUGUAGAAAAAUAGAGAAAAAAAUCAAUUUCUUUGGUGCUUUGUCUUUCGAGGUGCUUUUUUGUUCUUUGGCAAAUAGCAAAUGGCUGUUUUAACCAAAAACAGAGAGAUGACUAUUUUUUUGUAGUUUUUUGUUUUUCCCCACCAAAAACUGGAACAGCAGUUUUUUUUUGUUUUUUUCAAAUUGUGUCUUUUUUGUUCUUUGGUAACCAGCACUUGUGUUGAUUUAAUCAAAAACACUAGAAGGCCCCUCUUUUUUGGUGGGUAUUAUGGGGCAUUAUUUGGGCCAAUUUAGGAGAGGAGGGUUUGUUGUUGUAUUGGUAAAGACAUGGCUGGUGAUAACAAAAACUACACGAGUGGAGGAAACGUCAGUUUUUUUUGCUCUCUUUUGUUGCUCUCUUUUUGUUCUCUGGCAAAUAGCACAUUAACUGGUUUGACCAAAAACAGAACAAACAAGACGUUUUUUGGUGCUACCUAUUUUAGCGUCUACACAAUGACAACGCCAAACAGUACAUUAUUUUAUAUGCAAAAUACAAAAAGUCAAACAUAAAAUAAUGUUGAUAAACUUGCUCGACUAGGACGACACUCGUCACGCUAAGUUUAUGCUAAUGCUUAUGUGAAUGCUAUGCUAACGCUAUGAGUUACAUUUAGUGCGUGAUGAUCACUCUUUACAGACCUUUAAAGGCUGAAACAUUGCAUAUUCUCUCUUGCCAAGAUAAGAAAACUAAUUUUACCAUGCGUUUCAAAACAAGCGAGCCUGUAGUGCAACCUAGCUUGAAGCACAUCCUAAACACCUACGACAAAUCACUAGAAUUACAUUUUUUGUGGCACAUAUUGUAACGUCUACACAAGGAAAAAACACGUAUAAAAUACAAGUUCUAUUUAGUGCGUGAUGGUCACUCUUUCAAGGCUAAAACAUUGCAUAUUCUCCCUUGCCAAGAUAAGAAAACUUAAUUUUACCAUGUGUUUCAAAACAAGCGAGCCACUCGCGCAACCUAGCUUGAAGCACAUCCUAAGCACCUGCUACGAAACAGUAGAAAGACAUUUUUUCUGCAUCCAUUUACACAAGGACAAGGCCAAACAGAACUAUUUAUUAUUGUUAUAGUAUUAUUUUAAAUGUUAAGAAACAAAACAUCAAAUAUAAAUUAAAAUAAUGUUAAUGCUAAUGCUACGCUAACGCUACGAAUUCCUUUUAGUGCGUGAUGAUCACUCUUUAGAGACCUUUAAAGGCUAAAACACCAUUCUGCACUCUCUUGGCAAGAACAAAUGUUAUCAUGUGUUAAAAAAAACAAGCGAGCUUGUCGCGCAACCUAGCUUGAAGCACAUCUUAAACACCUGCUACGAAACAGUAGAAAGACAUUUUUUUUUGCAUCCAUCUACACAAGGACAAGGCCAAACAGUACUAUUUAUUAUUGUUACACUAUUAUUUUAAAUAGAAAGAAACAAAACGUCAAAUAUAAAACAAAAUAAAGUUAAUGCUAAUGCUAACGAUACGCUAAUGCUGUGAGUUCCUUUUAGUGUGUGAUGAUCACUCUUUAGAGACCUUUAAAGGCUAAAACAGCAUUGCGAACUCUCUUGCCAAGAACAAAUCUUACCAUGUAUUUCAAAACAAGCGAGCUUGUCGCGCAACCUAGCUUGAAGCACAACUUAAACACCUGCUACGAAACAGUAGAAAGACCAUUUUUUUGCAUCCAUCUACACAAGGACAAGGCCAAACAGUACUAUCUGUUAUUGUUAUACUAUUAUUUUAAAUACAAAGAAACAAAACAUCGAAUAUAAAAUAAUGUAAAUAAAGUUAAUGCUAAUGCUAACGAUAUGCUAACGCUACAAGUUCCUUCUAGUGCGUGGUGAUCACUCUUUAGUAACCUUUAAAGGCUAAAACAACAUUCCGCACUCUCUUGUCAAGAACAAAUAUUAUCACGUGUUUCAAAACAAGCGAGCUUAUUGCGCAACCUAGCUUGAAGCACAUCUUAAACACCUGCUACGAAACAGUAGAUAGACAACAAUUUUUUUGCAUCCAUCUACACAAGGACAAGGCCAAACAGUACUAUUAUUGUUAUACUAUUAUUUUGAAUGCAAAGAAACAGAACGUUGAAUAUAAAAUAAUGUAAAUAAAUUUAAUGCUAACGAUAGGCUAACUCUACGAGUUCCUUUUAGUGCGUGAUGAUCACUCUUUAGAGAACUUUAAAGGCUAAAACAACAUUCCUCACUCUCUUGCAAGGCCAAACAGUACUAUUUAUCAUUGUUAUACUAUUAUUUUGAAUGCAAAGAAACAAAAAGUCAAAUAUAAAAUAAAGUAAAUAAAGUUAAUGCUAAUGCUAAUGAUACGCUAAUGCUACGAGUUCCUUUUAGUGCGUGAUGAUCACUCUUUAGAGACCUUUAAAGGUUAAGACAACAUUCUGCACUCUCUUGCAAGGCCAAACAGUACUAUUUAUCAUUGUUAUACUAUUAUUUUGAAUGCAAAGAAACAAAAAGUCAAAUAUAAAAUAAAGUAAAUAAAGUUAAUGCUAAUGCUAACGAUACGCUGAUGCUACGAGUUCCUUUUAGUGCGUGAUGAUCACUCUUUAGAGACCUUUAAAGGCUAAAACAACAUUCUGCACUCUCUUGCCAAGAACAAAUCUUAUGUGUUUUAAAACAAGCAAGCUUUUCGCGCAACCUAGCUUGAAGCACAUCUUAAACACCUGCUACAAAAAAGUAGAAAGACAAUUUUUUUGCAUCCAUCUACACAAGGACAAGGCCAAACAGUACUAUCUAUUAUUGUUAUACUAUUAUUUUAAAUACAAAGAAACAAAACGUCGAAUAUAAAAUAAAUAAAGUUAAUGCUAACGAUAGGCUAACGUUACGAGUUCCUUUUAGUGCGUGAUGAUCACUCUUUAGAGAACUUUAAAGGCUAAAACAACAUUCCGCACUCUCUCGCCAAGAACAAAUCUUGUGUUUCAAAACAAGCGAACUUGUAGCGCAACCUAGUUUGAAGCACAACUUAAACACCUGCUACGAAACAGUAGAAAGACAAUUUUUUUGCAUCCAUCUACACAAGGACAAGGCCAAACAGUACUAUUUAUUAUUAUAGUAUUAUUUUAUAUGUAAAAAAAACCAAAAAACAUCAAAGAUAGUAUAAAGUUAAUGCUAACGAUAUGCUAACGCUACGAGUUCCUUUUAGUGCGUGAUGAUGAUCACUCUUUAGAGACUUUUAAAGGCUAAAACAACAUUGCGCAGUCUCUUGCCAAGAACAAAUCUUAUCAUGUGUUUCAAAACAAGCGAGCUUGUGGCGCAAGCUAGCUUUGAGCACAUCCUGAACACCUGUUACAAUGCAAGCUGGGUCACUACAUGCACAAUAAAAAUUUUUUUAAAAAUCACACAUUGUGAACAUAUGACAGAAACAGUUGCAUUUCCGUCACGUGAAGACGAAAACUGACAUUCUUCUUAUGUUUUAGCCUCCCAAGUACUGUAGUAAAAAACAACAAAUACUUGAGUAUAAAUACUUUUGAAAUCAAAUAUCGUAUACAACAUUGGACACCCCUACCCCAAGACCCGUCUUUAGCUUGUCAUUGUCAUGUCGUCGCCAUGAAAAAUGGUUUAUUGUUCCUGAAAACAACGACUCACAGGACCUCACUGUUCCAACACUUUUAGCUAGCGAGAAUUUCCUGUCGUUUGCUUAUUAUUUUCAACGGACCCAAAGGCCCAAAACUCGCCAUCUUCCUCCGACGCGGUGUGUCUCUAGGUAGCGUUUUGACAAUAUUCGCAGCACAAGUGUGCGUUUUUCACGCCGGUCCGAUAGUGGUGCUCGUGCGUUAGUUUUCCGGGCCAGCGUCAUCAAAGCUGGCGUUUUUUUCUGUGAACUCGGAAGGUCAUAUACUUAUGUGUGUGUGAGCGUGGAGCUCUGUGGCUGACCGUCGAUUUUUGGGGGGGGAUGUUGGAAGAAAAAUGACAAGGAAAAAAAAACAUUUGUUACAGUGUGCCGCGCCCUCGAACGGGCAGGCGAUAUUGCAGGUUUCUUUCUUAUAGCACACAAUUUUUGUUGGUGAAUGACAUUUUUUGGGAAGACAUUUUUAUGAUUAUUAUUAUUAUUAUUAAUGUAUCUGCUCCAUGUUAGUUCUGGUUCUUUGUUAUUUUUCCAAGAUACGAGAUGUAUUGUAAAUGUUUCUAAUAAAAAGAAAAUGAAAAUGAUGGGUGGUGGAGAAGAGUCGUUAUUUUGGUGUGAGUAGGAAAACAGACUGGCUGACAUUGACGGCAACUGAAGUCAAAUUCGUUAAGACUGGGAGAUUGGAUGUCGAGCGCAGUCAAUGGCAGAGAAACAUUACUUUUGUUUGACUAAAAAUAUUUCACGAAUGAAUAUUUUUGUAAUACAUGAAAAAAAAACGCCAAUGUUAAUUUUUCUAUUUGGGGAAAUGCAAAGAAAUUAGGGCUGUCAAAAUAUCACGUUAAUGGGCGUUAAUUUUUUUAAUUAAUCACGUUAAAAUAUUUGAUGCAAUUAACGCAGAUGCCCCGCUCAGACAGAUUGAAAUGACAGGACAGUGAAAAGCUCACUUGUUGUGUUUUAUGGAGUUUUGCCGCCCUCUGCUGGCGCUUGGGUGCGACUGAUUUUAUAGGCUUCAGCACCCAUGAGCAUUGUGUAAGUAAUUAUUGACAUCAACAAUGGCGCGCUACUACUUUAUUUUUUGAUUGAAAAUUUUACAAAUUUUAUUAAAACGAAAACAUUAAGAGGGGUUUUAAUAUAAAAUUUCUAUAACUUGUACUAACAUUUUUCUUUGAAGAACUACAAGUCUUUCUAUCCAUGGAUCACUGGAAUGUUAAUAAUGUUAAUGCCAUCUUGUUGAUUUAUUGUUAUAAUAAACAAAUACAGUCCUUAUGUACCGUAUGUUGAAUGUAUAUAUCCAUCUUGUGUCUUAUCUUUCCAUUCCAACAAUAAUUUACAGAAAAAUAUGGCAUAUUUUAUAGAUGG